GCAAAUUAAAUUUCUUCAUUCAAUUAUAUGAAAAAUAAAAAAAUAAAAGAAUAAUAAAAUUUAUAGGAGUAAACUGUGGCACGUUCACUAAAAAAAAAUCCCUUUGUAUCUCAGAAUUUAUUAAAAAAAAUUGAGAAACUUAACAUAAAGGGAGAGAAAAAGAAAUAAUAAUAACUUGGUCCCGGGGAUCUACUAUUAUUCCAAUAAUGAUUGGUCAUACUAUUGCGAUUCAUAAUGGGAAAGAGCAUCUCCCUAUUUAUAUAAUGGAUCAUAUGGUCGGACACAAAUUGGGAGAAUUUGCAACUACUUUAAAUUUUCGAGGACAUGCAAAAAAUGAUAAUAGAUCUCAUCGGUAAUGUGAAUACUAAAAAAUAUCUUGAUGCUUAUGAGUCAUUAGUAGGAGGCAAACUUUAUGUACCAGAUGCUAAAUAAAAAAACCCCAGAAGUAUACGUUUUAGGUCGACGUAUAGCUAUGUCGGCUAAUAAAGCAAGAAGAGUUAUUUAUCAAAUUCGUGGGCGUUCCUAUGAGGAAACACUUAUUAUAUUAGAACUCAUGCCCUAUCGUGCCAGUUAUCAAAUUUUAAAAUUGGUUUAUUCAGCCGCAUCAAAUGCUAGUUACACUAUGGCUGCAAAUAAAGCAAAUUUAGUUAUUAGUAAAGCUGAAGUGAAUGAGGGGACUGCUCGAAAAAAAUUAAAACCUCGGGCUCGUGGGCGUAGUUAUCCAAUAAAAAGACCGACCUGCCAUAUCAGUAUUGUACUAAAAGAUAUUUCAUUCAAUGAUUCUGAAUCUGUGGAGCUCGGUUUGCUAAAAAAACCACAAGCGAAAAAAAAUUCUAGAACUAAAGCAUAUUCUGAUAUCCAGAAUAGGAGGUAUUUAUGGGAC